AUGUCGGCUUGGGCACAACUCAUCCCCCUCCUCCCCCUGGCCCCUCUCAACUCCCUCACACACCUCCAAACACACAGGAGUCAUCUCUCCAUCCCACCCCUGAACCUCCUCCUCCCCCCCACCUCCCCCACCCCCACCUCCCCCGCCUCCCCAAGAGGAGGCUGCGACGCCUUCUCCCGUAGUGUACAACGUCGUUCCAAGAUGAGGAACUUUAACUGGGAUGCCAUCCCCCGUCAGUCAGUCCUUGGGAAGAAGAACGUGUGGACGUCCCAGAGGCCCAUGGUGGACUUUGAGCUGGACACCCAGAGGAUGGAGGAGAUGUUUAGCCAGUCUGACACUCAACUGCCUCUGCGAAAGACUGGGCCUGUCAAGAAGACCACGAGGGGCCUGUCCCUAUCCACACAGGGCCUACAGAGGGUCCUAAUCCUCAACUCUAAGAAGAGUAUGAAUGUUGGGAUCUUUCUGAAGCAGUUCAAGAGGCCGGUGAGGGACAUAGUGGAUGACGUCAGAAGGGGGAACUGGCUGAGGUUUGGAGCAGGAAAACUUAAGGAGCUCUGUAAACUACUGCCAGAUGAGGGAGAGGUGAAGAAGCUGCGGUCGUUCAGUGGAGACCUGACCCAGCUGUGUGAGCCAGACCUCUUCAUGGUGCUGCUAGUUAAAGUACCUGGCUAUGAGGAGCGUCUGAGGACUCUGAUGCUGAGAGAAGAAUUGUUCCCUUUGAUAGAUGAGAUGAAACACUCCAUCGCUGUCAUGACCAAAGCAGCUAAUGAGCUGUUGGUCUGUGAUGACCUCCACUCAAUCAUCCGCCUGGUGUUGAAGGCCGGGAACUACAUGAAUGCUGGUGGGUACGCUGGCAGUGCCAUCGGUUUCAGGAUGGCAUCUCUACUAAAGCUGGCAGACACCAAGGCCAACAAACCUGGCAUGAACCUCUUGCACUACGUCACCAUGCAAGCACAGGAAAUAGACGGUGCCCUGCUGGACUUCCCUGGGCAGCUUCAGCACAUUGGGAUGGCUGCAAGGGUGCAGAAGCAGGAGGUGGAUUUAGACUUUCAGAGGGAGGUGGAGAAGGUGAAGGAAGCUAAGAUGGACGCCAGCACACAGCCUGAGCUUCAGUUACAGAUGGAGACCUUCCUCAUGAGGGCGGAGGCCAGGCUGGCUGACCUCCAGGCCUGUCUGUUGAAACUCAACUCCCUGAGCCAAGCCGUAGCAGAGUAUUUCUGUGAAGACCCAGCCACGUUUCGACUGGAGGUCUGUUGCUCCAUAUUCCACUCAUUCUGUGAGCGCUUCAACAGGGCUGUUCAGGAGAACCGUGAGCGUGAGGCAGCCGAGCUGAGACGCAGGCAGAGGGAGAGGUUCUGUAAUGUGGCCAAGCGUCGUUCCACUGCCACCUGCUCUGACCUGGAGCCCGCCGGGCCUGGCUCUGCCAUGGAGUCUAUCCUCCACAGCUUCCUGACCACCAUACACCCCAGGGGCCCGGCAAGGCGCAGACGCCACCACCUCCCCCCUGUGAUGUUGUCCCCCAUCGGGGGCUCGCCCAUUGAGCCCUGCCCCAAGUCCAACCCCCUGGCCGAUGAGCCAGAGACUAGAGCUGAUCCAGGGCCUAGCCGGUUCACCAGACCAGGAGGGAGCACCCUGGGUGGGGAGGCAGGUGUGGUGACACCCCGGAAGGACCAGAAGGACCAGGGGCAGAGGGAGAAGAAGGGAGGGGAGGGCUGGCCCAGGGAGCUGGGUAGCCCUGAUGCGGUGGUGGAGAGGUUGGAUGGGGGGGUGGAGGUGGACUCCUAUCUGGACCCCCCUUCAGAGCAGAAGGAGAAGGAAAACGAGGGGGAGACAGCGACCCCAGGGGACCAGUGGAGAUGUUUUGGGUCAAAUAGAGCCUCUUCCAUCAACCAGAAACGGACCCCUAAGAGCUGUGGCCGCCGCAGCCUGUCGUCCAUCGACCAGAAACGGACCACUAAGAGCUGUGGCCGUCGCAGCCUGUCCCCUCGCCAACACGCACCCCCCACCCAGGAAGAGGAGAAGGAAGAGGUGCAGAGGAUGCGUGUCGUGUCCAGGAAGAUGCUUCGCUACCACACUGGCCGAGGCAGGCUAUCUGCUGACCCAGAACAUCCUGAACUGCCAGAGUUGGGUGACAAAGCAAGCCUCGUCCCCCAAAACCACACCCCCCAAAGCUCCACACCUCACCCUCUCCACCCCCACCCUAUUUCGCAACCCUCCACCCCUCACCCCAGGGAGAUGAGAGAAGGUAGACCUGGCUCUCUGUAACAGCAUGGAGAACCUGGGCUCUCCCUGGAUCAUCCUCAGCCCCCACAUCUCACCCCAAAACCAAACCCCCACCGACUACACUCCUUCUUCGCCCCCAGCGCCGACGAUGGCCUUGACGACGGUGUCUGGUCAUUGCCCCCCACCCCCACCCGCCCUUCCACCCCCACU